CAUCUUAAGUACCUGCAUAAAUCUGUGUGUUCCAAAUUUUCAACAAUGGUCUUUAAGAUACUGAUUUUGGCAGCAUAUGUUGUAACAACUCAAGCAGAAACACAUUCAGUGUCAACUUCAGCAACGAAUGUAAAUGGUGUGGGUCAUUCAGUAACGAACACUGACGGUGUUGUACGUGGUACAUACAGUGCACCAGAUCCAUACACAGGUGGUCAACGCGUAUAUCACUAUGGUGAUAUAGUCUCUGAUAGUUGGAAUCCAUGGCAGCCUGUUUACCCUAGUGUUUAUCCUAAUCCUAUACAACAUAAUCCAUCAGUUUUUCCACGAUAUCCAGCCAUACCUCCACAAGCUUCUCAUGUUUUUCCACCCCUUACUCGAAACUAUCCUGAAAUUGAUCAAGACUUUAUAAAUCCUCCAUUUUGGGGCAAUAACUUUCCACGAACACAAUAUUGGCAAAGUCCACAAUACCCUACUUGGUAUUAAGAUAAAUCAAUAUUUGGGGUUUUGCUAUAAAAUCAAAUAGGAA